CCGGCAGCCAGGCCGCGGCUCCCCCCGGCGGCGCUCGCUCUGCUCCGCCCGGCAGCGGGGCCGGCCCGUGGCGAGGCGAGGCGAGGCGAGGCGGCGCCGGGACUCUGCCCAGCCCGGAGCGGGAGCGGAGCUCGGCCGGGCCGGGCCGGGCCCGCUGGAGAAGCCCCGCCCGGGGGGGCCAUGGCCGAGCGGGCCGCUGCCCAGGGUUCAGAAUGGGAUGCAGAUUCAUGGCAUUUGCUGCCUCUAAAACCCUCUGUUGUCCUCAAACAAAGGUCAGUGAGAGAAGCUCAUGAUCAGACUACAGAGUGUUCCCUGGGGGCUGUGAUGGCAGCAGUUCAAGCAGUGGAGAGGAAAGUUAAGUCCUACACCCUGCGAUUGCUGAAUCUGGAGAGGAGACUGGGCAGUGCUGAGAAGAAACUAAUAGGCUGCGAGAAAACAGCAUGGGAGUUUGAUACCAAGCUGGAGAGUAAGUGGGCCAUGUUGGGAACUCUGAUCCAGGAGAAUAAUCUGCUGCAGAGGAGGCUGGAGAACGUGGAGAACCUGCUGAAGAACGGGAACUUCUGGAUCAUGCGACUCCCCCCAGGCACUAAGGGGGAGGUGCCCAAGGUAACAAUACCAUAGAAGGGUAGGACUGGAAGGGACCUCAAGAGGUCAUCUAGUCCACUCCCUUGCUCCGAGGCAGGACUAAGUGUUAUCUAGACCAUCCCAGACCGGUGUUUGACUAACCUAUUCUUAAAAACCGCCAACAACAGAGACUCCAGCAGCAAAAAUAAAGCCCAACCUUGUAUCAGCUGUAUUGAAAGGGCCUUGCAUAUAUGGCAGGUAGGUUCUGAAAUUCAGCAUCAGACGAUGGUUAAUAAUGAGUGAACGGUCCGAUUUGUGCCUGACCAGCUGUCCAGGCUGUUUCCUCAUUCAUUCGAGGCUUAGGCUUUGUCUACACUAGAGACCUUAGAGUGGCACCGCUGUACGGUCUCCGUGCGAUCGCUCUGUGCUGAUGGGAGAGAGCUCUCCUGCCAGCAGAAUGAAACCACCACAACGAGCGGCAGGAGCUAUGUCAGCAGGAGAGCGUCUCCCACCGGCAGCGCUGUCCACACCGGCGCUUCUGUCGGUCGGGGGUGUGUGUGUGUUUUUUUCACUCCCCUAAUUGACAAAAGUGCUAGUGUAGACAUGGCCUUAGAGUGAUAGCUGUAGUUUAGCACAUUAAUCGCGGGGCCACGUAGCACAGCUGGUUACGAUUUGUGGAGCCUUUGGCAGCUCACCUAGGAUAAGUACACUGGAGUUGCCAACUUGAGUUGAUCGAGGGAUAGCUCAGUGGUUUGAGCAUUGGCCUGCUAAACCCAGGGUUGUGAGUUCAAUCCUUGAGGGGACCAUUUAGGGAACUGGAGUAAAAAUCU